AUGGAGCUCAGGCUGGUUUUUCGAGCUCUCCGCAAAAUCUCUGACUGGGUCGUCGAUGGCUACUAUUCGGAAACAUUGGUCGAGGGGCGGGAUCACGUACCAGUGACUGGUCCUCUCAUCAUUGCGUCGACUCACCACAACGAUAGCAUCGAUGUCGCCACCCUUGCUGUGACAAUACCACACCGACGGCAUCUCGCCUUCUGGGCCAAGUCGACCCUGUUCAACAAUCCCAUAAUGGGGUCUAUCCUCUCGUCCUCAGGUGCCAUUCCUGUACGGCGGAACCCCAACGUCACAACGACCGAUCCCAGUUCAUCAUCACCGUCCGCCAAAGUUUCCAAAGAGGCCGAGGUCACUGCCCGCGCAGCUCUAUUCCGUGAAUCUUCGAAAGCACUCGCAGACGACCAGGUUUUGGGCGUGUUUCCGGAGGGCACGAGCUACACCCAGGCGAGCAUCCUGCAGGUUAUGCCUGGGGCAGCUUGGGCUGCUGUCGAAUACGUCCGAUAUGCGAGGGAUAAUGGAGACCCUAGUUGCGCCAACAUCAGCGAGAAGGGCAAAGAGAAGGAGGCUGAGGUGUCAAGCAGCUUGCGUAUCGUCCCCGUGGCGAUCGUAUACACCGAUAAGACGCGGUACCAGAGUCGGGUCUCUGUAAAGUACGGCGACCCGAUCUUCGUUGAUUUGUACGCGGUGGAACUGUUCGUAGGCGACCAGGACGCGGCGGAAAAGGCAGUCGUGAAGAAGAUUACGACUGAGGUGGAGAGGCAGCUCAGGGAGAUGACAAUAAAUGCUCCGGACUGGGACACUAUAUGCGCGAUUUCGAUGGCGAGAAGCAUCCUUUGGGAUGAUGAACGGAAUAUAAACCUCAAGGACUGGGUGGAGAUCUCGCAGAGACUCGUCCAGAUGCUCAUAGAUGCCCCAGAACUCAAGGAGGCUCUCGCGAGGUACUACGCCCUACUGCACUACUCAGAAACGCGGCACUCCAUCCUCCUCUCUCUCCUCCCUCUCUCUGCGCCUCUUGAAACCCUUCCACCACAUGCGAUCCCGGCCAGUGCGAUUCUCAUUCAGCCAACAAUUUUCAUCCUCGCCAGCUUCCCUCUUUCUCUUGUUCGCUUCUUCCUCUUCCUGCCUCCAUUGCUGUUGCAUUUCCCUGGCUACGUCAGUGGCAGCUUGAUAGGCAAACUUCUCGCAGUUCCUGGAGAGAUGGAGUCACCUGCUCAGUUUAAGGCUGUUGGUGGCGGCUUGGGCAUCGCAGCAAAUAUCGCGCUUGCCUUUGGGGUUUUGUGGAAGAAGGGCGGCUUGUCGACCUUACCGGGCUUCCCCAAGGUUGAAGGCGUAAAGCACGUCUUGGCGCUCGUGGGCACGAUAUACUGCAGUGUCUGGUUGCUCGUCAAGUGGCAUGGCCUGCUGGUGAAUGCAAACUACCGACAGCUGCGGCGUAUCAUAACAUAUCGCAACCUCUUUCGUGCCUUUACUUCCCCCCUGCACAGGCUCACGACCGCGGAAGUCGACGUCUAUGUGAAGCCGCCGCUUCCUGCGCUCAACGCAUACCUGAAGAAACGCGAAGAAUCUCCUGUUGAUCAUAAACCGCCCAAGCCUAUUGCUGCAUGGAAACUUGUGAGACACCUCUUGCAUGCACGAACAGUCGCGGUCGGUGCUUUGUCCGAGAAGCUGAAGGCCCAAAAUGAACAAACAUUGCUCGGGUUUCUGGAGAGUAGAGGAGCGAAGGUACCUGUAUAG